CGACAAGGCGAUGUGAUCUUGAUACAUAAUAUGUAUUAUAUAUUAUUAGAUAGAUGUACAUAAAAACAAUGUCGAGAGACUUUCUGCGCUAGUGGGCUUUGUCAGUCGGAGGGGUUGUGACGAAUUUCUAUAAAACUAUUCGAAAGCGAAAAAUGUGGCCUUUUGCUAUUUUAUUAAUUGGUGUCGGUACAAUCCAUGGAGCAGAGUGGUCUUAUGAUUAUGAAACCCAAUGGCCUGGGCAAUGCAACGAAGGCAAAAUGCAAUCCCCCAUCAACAUAAUGAGCCGCAGUGCACUGGUGGACCGGCAUGGACUUCACAUAAGGGGACCUUUAGUGUUCCGAGGAUAUAACAAGGUCAACGUUACCGCUUAUAAUGAUGGUCAUACAUUGAAAUGGACGUUGGUUGAUGAUGCACCGGUUCCGAUGGUUUACGGCGGCCCACUCAGAGGAAACUACAGCUUCAUGCAGUUUCAUCUACACUGGCUCUCUGAACAUGCCAUCGACGGAAUGAAAUAUCCGAUGGAGGUUCACAUGGUUCACAUAAAGACUGGCCUCACGUUGGACGAGGCUCUGCAGCGGCCGGACGGCCUCAGUGUCAUUGCUAUCCUUUGCCAGGUAAACAGUGGUGGGGCUAGUGAUUAUGCCCUCGGAGAAAUCGAAAGUUACUUUCCAAAACUGGCUGAGAGGAACUCGGUGUAUCCAGAUCCAGCUGUUUUAGAUUUUACACGUCUCCUAAGCCCCGAGCCACAGUCUUUCUAUACUUAUCACGGAUCACUGACGACCCCCAACUGCCAGGAAGUCGUCACAUGGAUUGUAAUGGACAGACCCCUCAUCAUAUCCGAUACACAGUACAAACAAAUAAGUCGAGUCGACGUCGGUAGAAUAGAUAACUACAGAAGCCUUCAAGCCGUAGACCGCGAAAUAUACCGCAGCCUUGCGUCCUGUGCCCCGACGGCUUUGCCUGGUCUUCUGGGACUUCUAAUUACUUUCCUGAAUCUCUCUUCCUCACUUUCCACCGUUUUGAGUAAGGGUGUCUGUACAUUAGUUAAUAUUAAGAGAAAGUUUUUGGGUAGUAAGGUUCGAAACUGCACCGCCAAGACAAACUAAUAAAUCCACAUUGGGCUGUUAGGAACCUUACUAAGACUAAAAAGCCAUUAUAACAAACUUUCAGAAUAUUUAAAAUGUAUCUGAAUGGCUGAAAACGUGGAACGAUGAAAACAUGAAAAUGAGGGUAUCUGAGAUUUGCAAAACUUCUCACAUAUGUAGGUACGUUGUUCGGCCAGUUUACAGAGUAUGUACCGAAGUCUCCGCUAAGUAUAGCAAUAUAACACAAUUACAUUAAUUGCUUGAUUACAUUAUCAACUAUUUAUGUUUACUGCCAAAACUAUCGUUUUAUGGCAUUUUAGAAUAAUUAUUUAUUGAAGAUUACUCGUCAUUCUCAAGUAGGUAUCGAUAAGAUUUAAGAGUACUUUAUUUUAAUUUAUUGCACAAUAAUAAACAUAGUCCCUAAAGUGGCAUGUUAUAAAAAUAUAAAUUAUGACGUAGUUUUACGAUAGCAGUAAGAAGGAACGUGCAAAAGUGAUUGGCAUUCGGUUGUCAAGGGUAUGCCUAAGGACGGUUUCGUGAUGGACCGGCUAGUAGCCUAAAGCAAAUGCAUUGUGGUAUAGAUUUGGAACUCGGUUUUAAAUACCGAGCUUAGCGUUUUCAAACAUUUUGCAAAGUAUCAUGUACAAUUAUUGUCAUCUGCUUACAUGUAGACCAAUUACAAUCAUAUUUCUGCAAAAAUAUCCAAAUAAAUCUUAUCUUUAACUUAGGUCGUCUAUCAAAUAUAUUAAUUAGGGAGGUCUUUAAAUAGAACACUUAUGAUAAGCUUUGCAAAUUAUCAAAAAGAUUAUUUGUGAAUAAACAUUUUAUUAAACUAUUUAUAGCGAUGACAUCUGGAAAUUAUUUUUGGACGGAUUUUGCAUUAUCGUAUUUAUUAUCCUAAUUAUUAGUAGAUAUAUAAAGUGAGUUCGUUUAUCUUUGAGGAAGACGUCAGUGAACUAAGCCGGUGGUGAAAUAAUAAUGGUGAAAUAGGCGAACAGACAAGAGACAAGACAUGAUUUUGUGUUCGUGUUGUUUCUCUGUAUAUCUUGUUUUUGUAUUGUCUUGUUUUAUUAUGCUCAAUUCUAACGGUAUGCUUAUAUUGAAAAAGUAAAUUCUACGAUUAUUUUUUUUUUAUGAAAAUUAAAUAAGGAUGUUUGAAAUGUAUGUUGAUUUAAAUUUUGUUAUGUCAUUGUACUUUUCAUGCCACUAAAUAAAUAAGUACGUAAUUAAACACGAGUCAAAUAAAUAAAUAUAAUACGGUUAUGACAUUAGUUUAAAAUUUGUUAAUAUAGGCCAUAGACAUAAUAUAGAGACAAUUUAAUAAAUAUAUAUUAAAAAUGAUAUGUUUAAAUACCAAAACUAUUCAUUUCCUGCUCAACCAGUAGUAGUCAGAUUCAAUUAAAUUUAUUUUAAGGUAAAAUAUAUUUUUGUGUCUAUCUUAAUAGUUUAUAUACGGAGUUUUAGGCAGAAAAUAGAAGUAUUUAAAAUUAAUUUUAUUUAUUUCAAAUUAGAUUAUUUAAAACAUGUAAAUGUGGCUGUGUUUUAUGUUUAUAGUCGAUUUUUUUAAUAGUUUUAUUUGUAUUGUUAUACCGGUUGUGUUACUGUGUUCGUUUGUGUUAAACUUAUAAUUAAUUUAUUAAAUAAACAUUACAAGA